AGAAGAGAGUUACCAGAAAAAGGAUUAGAAAAAGAUUUUUUAGACCAAGCCAAAAAAAAAAUGACUUUUACAGAAAGCAAUUUUCUUUAUCGUCAAAUCACUUCUGCCCUCGGAUAUACCUUCAAUAAGGCCCAUGCCGUGGCCUAUGGAUAUUUAACUUACUACAUUGCCUACCUGAAAGCAAAUUUCUUUCCGGAAAUUAUUAUUCAUUUAUUAAAUGAAAAAAAAGAAAAAACUUUGUCAUAUUUACAGGAAGCAUUUUUUCAUGGGUUUCUACCAAAAGAGCCCGAUAUCAAUCAUUCAGAAAUAGGAGUAGAUACUAGUAACCUGCUAGAAAAUCAAGAAGCGAUUUUUCGUUAUUUGCAAAUACGACAAAGAAUUCCUGUAGUCGGCAAAUUAACCGCAAAAUCAGAGCAAAAAAUUCACUCUUUGGUAGAUAUUUUUACAAAAAUUGAGGAAUACGAUGACCGUGAGGCACUGGUAAAUAUUUACGCAGUUAUUAACCAAAUAGAAAAUAAAAAAGAAGUUGAUAACCGUGAUGAAGAAAUUAUUCAAUUGCUAGCCCCUAAUCCUUAUGAAAAAUUUAUUGAACCUUUUGUCGGCGAACAACCUCAACAAAUUAUUAAAUUACUAACUGAAUACGAAAAAAAACAUAAUCAGGAUUUUUAUGAAACUUUAAAAAGGCAGGAACCUAAAAACUUUUCUGAUCUAGAAACUGACACCCGCUUCAUCUAUCUAAACAAAACUGGUUAUAAAUGGAAAAUCAGAAGAAUUAAAAUAACAAAUAAUAUGCCUACUAAUUUGGAAAAUUUUUACAAAGACCUUGAACAAAGAGGAAUAAUCGCUAAUGUUGCCAAUUUAAAAGAAAACUUUUACCAAUUAGAACCGAAAGAUAAAGUAGUUUAUUUGGGAAUAGAUUGUACGGGUGAAAGGCUCCAUAUCGGACAUCUAUUUUUAUACUUCCAAACCGUUCGCUUCGCCCAUGCUGGCUUUGCGGUGCUACUGGUUUUAGGCGGAGCCACCAGCAAAAUUGGCGACCCGAGCGACAAAGAUAAAGAACGACCUUUAUUAGACCAAAAAGAUAUUGAAAACUAUCAAACCAAAAUAAGGUCUCAACUCGAAAAAAUACUAAUUAAGACCAAAAAAAUCGGAAAAACAGAGUUUUCUCCCCUGGAGCAAUUUUACUCUGAUAAUCUUGAACUGUUAAAUAAAAUAUACCAAAUUUUAAAAAUUAAUCCGGAAGCAAAAAAAGAACAACAAUGA